UAACAUCCAUUAAUAAUAAGGAUUUCUACGAGACUUAUCUGAAAGUAAUGCAAAUAAAUCUCAAUUCUGUGGUCUAUUUAACGCAUAUAUGUGUCGAGCAUUUGGAGAAAACUAAAGGAAAUGUUAUCAACAUUUCAAGUAUUGGUGGAUUGAGACCCGUCCAGGGUUUUACACCCUAUAAUAUUGCAAAGUGUGCGAUGGAUAUGUUCACCAAAUGUAUGGCCGCGGAGUUGGGACCCAAACGUAUCCGCGUUAAUGUCAUCAACCCUGGUCCUAUUCGUACUGAAUUCAUGGAGGCAAUAGGAAUGCCUAAAGGAAUGGCUGAUAAUGCUAUUAAAGCAUGUGAAAACUUUACUGUGUUGGGUCGGGUGGGUGAGUCUGAGGACGUGGGCGACUCCAUACUAUACCUGGCCAGUGACCAUGCUGCUUUCAUCACUGGCACUAAUGUUAUUUUCUCCAGAGCCGGUGCUAAUGUUGUGGUCACCGGUAGACGAGCCGAUAAAGUGUCAGAAGUGGCCAAAGAGUGUCUCAAAGUAUCACCGAAACAGUCGAAAGCACUGGAAGUGGUGGCGGAUGUGACUAAACCGGAAGACUUGCGACGACUUGUGGACACAACUGUCAAACACUUCGGGAAACUCGAUGUUUUGGUGAAUAACGCCGGCGCCGGGAUUCCCACUAACAUCAUGUGGCGAAGUGUUUUUCUGGAUAUGUUCACCAAAUGUAUGGCCGCAGAGUUAGGACCUAAUCGUAUCCGCGUUAAUGUCAUCAAUCCUGGACCAGUUCGGACGGGCAUAUUAACUGCUGGUGGUUUUAAACAGGAACAAUCUGACCAAUAUUUUGACGCCUACUCCAGUAUAUUGCCUGUGGGUCGCGCUGGUUAUCCUGAUGAAAUUGGCUAUUCUGUACUUUACCUUGCCAGUGACCAUGCUGCAUUUGUCACGGGCACUAACCUAGUAUCAGAUGGUGGCGCCACUGCUGCCAACGCUCUAAACGUCCAAAAUCUUAAAGAUUUGAAUAAACUCUGAUAACAACAACAAUUAUAUUUUAAGCAUUUUAUUAUAAAUAUGU